UUUUUAAACUUCAGUUACCGCGUAUCGCGCGAAUUUCUACAGGUUGCGGAGCAUUCCUUCCUGUCAGGAAGUCUUGUAAAAAUACCGUGAGUCACUCGACACGUGCCAGACAAUAGUCAAGAUUUCCUUUGUUAGUUACCAGAAAAUCAAUAGAGAUUCAUAAUACAACGCGGAAGAGUUUCGGUUUACUCCUCGCGAAUAAAGAUGCCCCGUAAAUCGGUGACCAUUGACCGGAAACGUGUGAUUUGAAUUUACGAGCGUCAAGUUCGCACUGGCCGUCGACUUACGCCCUUCCGAUAACGAGCUGCUGGACAGAGGACCCAUUGCUGGAUGACUAAUGGCCAGAGUCUGCCGUUCAGAAACUAUAAGGAGGGAGAAAGAGGAAACGUAUCGUAUUCCGCGAUGCCCGCCUCGAGGAAGAAGUUCACGAGCAGCGCGGAAAUUUCAAUUUCUUCUUCAGCGAUGCCUCCGUGCUUUUUCGUACCUCCGACGACUGCGAUCGACGAUGGAAUCUCGCGUCGAAUUUCCAUGGGAAAUUCUUUGGAAUUUUAAUUCGAUAAGUCGAGUUAAUCGACAGGUCGGCCGUUCGAUCCGUUGAAUUUCGAGGCCUCGUUUAUAACCUGUUGUCUCUCUCUCCCCGCGUCGAAUCAAACUUCGAAAAUUAAUUCAGUAAGGGGACUGGCGGCGAGACAAUGGGCCCCUACUACGCUCCGUUAAGGCGUGGCAAGCCACAACAAUGAACGCAACGAUUAAAAUGAAAAAAGAAAAAAAUAGGGACUCUGUUCGACGAACACCAGUCAGCCUACACGCGAGCUUUGAUGCUUGUUAUCUCGUUGGUCCUCUUUCGAACGGUCCAAUCUAACUUGAUCGCUAUUUAUUAAUGCAUAUUAUACACGUGAAUUUCAAGAAAUCUUUUCUUCAAAAUAACUUUUUAUCUCUUUUCCAUCGAGUCUUAUAUAAACGUUGCGAAAGGGUCAACGACUUAUUAACCAAACUACGUGUCCCGCUUCUCGAGCCAGAUGUUCGAUGUUGAAACUAUGUAUCGUCUAUUGAGGCCACAUUUUCUGAAUCGCGGUGAAUCAACGUUUCCGGUGCUGGACAUUCAUUAAAUCCAAUGCGAACUCGAAGACAGUAUAAACACAAACAGCCAUUAAAUGACGCUCCUAAGUAAACUCGGUCUUGAGUAGAUCUCGAGGAGGUCGGGUGCAAGAAACGAUAAAAAUAAGACCGGCAGAUGUACAGCGUGAAACGAAUCUAAUUAAACAAGACUCCCCAUGUUACUCGAGGGUGACGUUGCUAUCGUACAACAUCUCUUUCCAUUUCGACAUUCUUAUCCGUCAAGAUAUAGAAUAGAAUACUUAUUGAAUUCUUUCUUCAAAUCUCCACAACUAUUUUCAAGAGUUGAUUCUUUUUACAUUCGGCGAGCAUCAACGUGAUUUACCGAUUCGCCACGCAGCGGUAACAUCAAAGGACGAAGCGGAUUUGCGGGUUUAAGACGCGAUUAAAAAAUCGUGAAGACCAGACGUAUUUCACAAAGGAAGGUUAUCUCGUAUCGCAUCAUCAGGAGACCCUGAACUUGGAUCGACAUAAAUUUAGAAGUAGAAGAUGGAUGAGCUUCGAAGGAGGAGCAACUUUCUGGUCGAUCUUUCAUGCCAUGUUUCGUAACGGUGAAGUUUGGGCUCGAAGGAUGGCAUAGACCCACACUCGAUCGGCAGCAUGUGCUAUGUGAUAGUCACUGGUCGUAGUUUGCUGUGGACGCUACUGUCCCUGGUAGCGUUAAUGGCAGUUUUAUCGGGCCUCAUCACUCCGAAAUGGCUCGUUGGUCCGCAGACGAUUAAAGAUACAAAAAACGGGUCCGAACUGUACGUGCCAACGGUUGGGAUAGUUAACCGCUGCAUCAGGCUGCAUGGGAAGACGCAUUGCGCGAAUUUCAACGUCGAUGGCUUCGCCACAGAUUCCAGCGUGUUUCCAGGCUGCUGGAAAGCCUCUUAUUUCUUCCUGACCCUUGGUCUGGCGAUUAUGGCGAUGACCGUGCUGGCAGCUCUGGUUGGUUGCUGUAUACAGAGUAUCGGCAGAAAAAGUAUCUUCAAUUUGGCUGGUGUGGCUCAAGUGAUUGCUGGAAUAUCGUACCUUCUGGGAAUGAUUUUGUAUCCCGCUGGUUGGGGAGCAGAAAGGGUUCAGAGGAUUUGUGGUCCAGAAGCAGAUGCUUUCUACCUCGCCGAUUGCUCUCUUGGGUGGGCCUUCUACAGUGCCGUGAUAGGGGUUGCACUGACAUUCGUCUGCGCGGUGAUCAGCGGUCAAGCGGAGAAGUCUACGGCGAGUGAUAAAGUUCAGGAUAAGAUGAACGAGGGAAAGACUUUGAUCUGUCUGGCGUGAAACGAGAAAUUCCAGAGGAAAACGUAUUUCAUUCGACAGCUUCGGAACGCCCUCCUUCGUUUACCAAGGAGCGAAAGACGAAGUAAAUCGGGGCGUUUGAGGAGCAUAUAUUUCCUUCUUCUUCUUGGACUCGCCGAUUUCGACGAGAGGAACGGAGGAAAUUUGUCAUGGGACCAAGAUGAACCCGUGUGCCCUAUCGAUUAUGUACUUAUUACGGAAUAUUCUGUGCCAAUCGUUGUUUUCACAGUCCUUGUUAAUUAAUUUUGCCGCUGGAACGAAAGAUAACUGUACACUUCGAUACGCAUAAAACAGAUAUGUAUAGGAUUUAAAGGACAAUGAGUACAGUACUGUAUAAGAAAUAAAAUAAGGAUAUUGUUAAA